CACAUCCGCAGCACUCCAUGCGCGGCAACCUAACGAAUAAGGCCAGCAGCGAUGACCUUUCACCAGUUGCCUAGUCUGCAUUGCCAAGCCUCACCACGUUUCACCACUCCAUUUCCAAACGAACACCGGAGCUGCAAAGAUGAAGUUGACCGUCAUGCUAACUGUGCUGAGCGUCAUAGCGACUCCGUUUGCAAGUGCAGAGCCCCCAAGACGUCAGCUGCGCCGUGAAAGCGCCCUAUCACCGCCACUGCCGAAGAUUCUUCUCGACGAAAGCAAAACGAGCGGCAAUCUCCACCAACUACAAGAUGAAACUGGCGUCAACAAAGUUAUCGGACACGCUGCCUCGGCGCUGCUUAUCACGCCUGUGACGGGUUGGAUCGGCUUGACCCUCCCUAGCCUCCCCGACCCAGUACCUGGCAGAGUGGAGACUCAGCGGCGUCGACGGUUCCCCUAGCGAUAAUGGUUGUUGAACGGCGCAUAGUAACAAAGCAGCUACCUUACCCUCAAUCUAAAGCUCAUGUGGGG